UUCCCUGAGGAUCGGUUGCCGUAUAAGUAGAAGAUCCUUUUCAAAACAUUUGCAACACGCAGUUCCAUCUUGCCGGCAAGGAUACAGUAGAGUAGCGAGUGCGCACUUCUCGGUGUCUACGCCGGCGAUAUAAUUUCACACCACAGUUGCACAAUCCUCACUUGGGCCUUUCAGCCACAACUAAGAUCUUUGCACGUCGUCUUCAGGGAAGCUGUGUCAUGCUGUGGUCAUCCCAAACAUCCAAGGGCUAUUUAUUUUGCAGGCAGGCCUUGUCAACUGCCGUCUUACUUUAACUACGAGACUAUACCCUGAGGGACACCAUUUUGAAUUAAAAAAAAAAAUAGUCGUAAUUAUUCGUCAGGGGACAGACAAAAUAUCAAUAGCAAUAUAAACAUCCAUCCAUCUAUUAAAACGUGACUCUUUGCCUUUUUCAUGUCUGGCCUGAGGAUAAGGCUUUUCCAUUCUGAUUGUCUGCAGAUGUGGUCUUUGCGCCCCUUCAGAAAACAACCAGAUGGUUUUCCUCAUGGACGCCAACGCAACCCUGGGCAACCUGAGCUGCUCCCGCGACAAUGUCCUCAAGACGGUGGUUUUCCCAGUCCUCUACUCGAUUCUGUUCCUUGCCGGACUGGCGCUCAACGGCUUGGCGGUGUGGGUGUUCCUGCGCAUCCCGUCGCGCUCCCAUUUCGUCAUCUACCUCAAGAACGUCGUGGUCGCCGACGUCGUCAUGACCCUCACGUUCCCUUUCAAGGUGUUAGCAGACUCCAAUAUGGCUUCUACCGGCCUGAGAAUAUUCGUGUGCCGGGUUUCCUCGGUUCUCUUCUACCUCACCAUGUACAUCAGCAUCCUCUUCUUCGGACUGAUCAGCAUCGACCGCUGUAGGAAGACCCUGUCACCGUUCAGGGGUACCAACGCUAAGCGGUUGGCCCUCAGGAAGGUUCUCUCCGCCGCGGUGUGGAUCGUCCUUCUGGGGUUCUGCCUUCCCAAUGUGAUCCUGACCAAUGAGACGCCGCGGUCGGAGUAUUUCAAGUGCAGCGACCUGAAGGGUCCGGCUGGGCUUUACUGGCACGAGGUGGUCAAUCACGUGUGUCAGGUUAUCUUCUGGGGGAACCUCCUGAUUGUGAUCGUGUGCUACACGUUAAUCACCAAAGAGCUGUACAAAUCGUAUUCACGCACCAAAACUCGAAGCCCCAAUGGGGGAGGCGGGGCUUCGGCCAAACAGAAGCAGCAGCCCAAAAGGAAGAUGAACAGCAACGUCUUCCUGGUCCUGGCCGUGUUCUUCGUGUGCUUCGUGCCGUUCCAUUUCGCCCGUGUGCCUUACACAAUGAGCCAGACGCGGGAUCUUCUCUUCCACUGCCAACUCAAGCUCUUCUUCUUCCAGCUGAAGGAAAGCACGCUCUUCCUGUCGUCGCUCAACUCACUCCUGGACCCGCUCAUCUACUUUUUUCUCUGCAAGUCCUUUAGGACCACCUUGUUCAAAAUGUUCAGGCUGCCCCCCGGUACCUGCAGCUGGCUGCUCGAGAGGGGCUCGGAAUCAGAUUCUGGCAGCACCACCCCCUGAAACGUGAUGGACUGUCAGGUGACAAGGGACUCGAAGCACCUGAAUUUCAAUAUUUCUUCACGCCUAUGUCGAUGUUAGAUUUGUAAUCAGCUUCUUUGUGCCUCCAUCUCGAUGAAAUCUGUCUCGUUAAGUCUAGUCAAGGUUAUUUAUUGAAUUAAUUAGAAAGGACUCUUAAAGACUUUACAACUAGUUCAGUCAAUUCAUCAGUCAAAGUUGCCUCAAUGGCGCCAUGACAUGAUUAACCAAUACACUGUACACACUUCUGAAGAUCAAACUAUGAAUUGAUUAUUGUUCUUAUGACACCUAUCCAUAUAUUGCAGGUAGUCUUUUUUUUUUUUUUUUUGCACUAUGCUGACUAUUCAACAUUAAAAAUGUGAUUGUAUUUUUUAAUUGUAGUUCAUAGAACACUUGUUGAUGUUAUUUUUUUGUAAACUGUUUCAAUAUUUUUAGAGGUCAUAUGUUGACUUUUGCUGUGAAUAACGCGAUCAAUAAAGUUUGAUUGAGUCACUAAUUGAA